AUGCUGGUGACCUAUUUGGAAGCCAGCCGGGACCUUUGCGAGACGGACUCAAUUCUUUUUGGCGCCGCGCUGGCAGUCUGCCGUAUCAUAGUUGCCAAGGUUUCCACGGCUGGACGUGCUACUGGCCAAAGUAGCGCUAUCCCAGCAUGGAGAAGAAGAAUUGAGGAACGUAUCGCAAAGGCUAGAGCUCUCAUCGGCAGACUGAUAUGCUUCAGAUCAGGCAAUAACAGGCCAAGAAUUGUGCGCACUGUCAGGAUGGCGUUUGCUGGGACAAAUGUCAGUUUGUCCCAGCCGGAUAUAACGCAAAAACUGACGGAGCGUAUAGAUGAUCUGAAGCAGAUAAUCGCUGCUUGGGGAAAGCGGAUUCGGCGAUAUACCGAGAGGUCGACACGGUUCAACCAGAAUCGUCUCUUCCAGAGUGAUCAGAAGAGGCCCUAUGAAUCAUUGGAGCGACCAAUGGUAAGUGGAACGGGCCCAGCACCGAAUCAGGCCGACACUGUAGCAUACUGGCGCGGCCUGUGCUCAGAGCCCGUAAACCACAGCGAGGGCCCUUGGACGGAAGUUGUAGCGAGUCAGUGUGCGAGUAUAAAGUCCAUGGACAACGUCAUUAUAACACCGGUUGACGUAGCUGAGGCGGUCCGUAGGGCCCCGAACUGGAAAAGUCCGGGACUCGACGGGCUGCAUCACUACUGGCUGAAGGGGUUCGUGGUGUGUCACACUGUGCUCGCCCGACAGUUUCAAGAGGCUCUCAACCAGAAGUCGCUCCCAAGCCUCUUCACUACUGGGAUCACCCAUUUGGUUCCUAAAGACCAGGAGCAUAUGAGGAGUACAUUGGAAGAGGCGAUUGUGGAAACGCGCAGUACGCCUCUCGAAAAUCGACCGCGACUUCUCCGCAUAGCCCUAAGCAAGCGGAAUCGGACUGUCGUGAGGGCUCUGAACCCAAUGCUGGUGACCUAUUUGGAAGCCAGCCGGGACCUUUGCGAGACGGACUCAAUUCUUUUUGGUGCCGCGCUGGCAGUCUGCCGUAUCAUAGUUGCCAAGGUUUCCACGGCUGGACGUGCUACUGGCCAAAGUAGCGCUAUCCCAGCAUGGAGAAGAAGAAUUGAGGAACGUAUCGCAAAGGCUAGAGCUCUCAUCGGCAGACUGAUAUGCUUCAGAUCAGGCAAUAACAGGCCAAGAAUUGUGCGCUCCGUCAGGAUGGCGUUUGCUUGGACAAAUGUCAGUUUGUCCCAGCUGGAUAUAACGCAAAAACUGACGGAGCGUAUAGAUGAUCUGAAGCAGAGAAUCGCUGCUUGGGGAAAGCGGAUUCGGCGAUAUACCGAGAGGUCGACACGGUUCAACCAGAAUCGUCUCUUCCAGAGUGAUCAGAAGAGGCCCUAUGAAUCAUUGGAGCGACCAAUGGUAAGUGGAACGAGCCCAGCACCGAAUCAAGCCGACACUGUAGCAUUCUGGCGCGGCCUGUGA